AUGAUUCCAAGAGAAGCGCUACUGCGGUAUAUAUGUGGAUAUCUAUGGGAUUUCUUCAUUGAUGAUUGGCUGAAAGGCAGAGAUCAGCUUCAGAUAUUUCCUCUACAAGUUAGUUUUUGGUCAGAUCCGCUAGCAAAGUUCCGAUUCUAUUCUUACGACUCCAAAUAUUUGAGAUGGUGUAUUGACUACUACAAUGCUCGAUCUUCGCAGUAA